CACAACUUGAUCACAUAGACACAUAACCACUUUUGUAAUCUUAAGUGACUGUUGAAUUCACGACUGUCUAAACCGUAUUUGUCAAGUUUUACGUUACAACUGGGGAAAGAAAACGAGACCCUGCGUACUGGACCCUAAUGAACUUCCUCUUAUUGUUGAGUGAUAUCCUCUCUUAUGUAUAAGAUUUUUAAUAGAUCAGCGCCAAUCUUGCAUGGUUCAAUUCAGAAGAUCCGAUUAUUCAAAGAAGGUCAUAUGCGUCAUGCUGUUGUUACCUUUGUGGAUAUUAAGUCAGCAACAGCAGUCAUCAAUACGGAGAAUAAAAUUAAUGAUACCUUACUAAAAGUGGAAUAUUGUGAUUCAGCUGACAUUACAGGCGGAAUUAUAAAUCAUAAAAGUAAUAACAGUACUUCACAUCGUAACUCUGAGAUCUCGAAUCAAAUACCAGCAUCACUUAGUAGUCAAAACAAUAACACCAAUUUGGAUCAUAAAACAGAAAAAGAACUGAAUAUGAAAAACACUCUACACAAAGGAUCCAAUGAUUCACACCAUCCACUAUCCAACACUGACCAUCUGGGUAGGGGACCGUUAAUAUUCAAACGUACAAACAGCAAUCCAUCAAAUAUGAGUGGUGUUCAAAUGUUCAAUCAAGUAUUACGUCCAGUUCAAAGUUCAGCUUUGACAGCACGUAUGUCAAAUUCAUAUCGUGGGUUAAAAAUUAGUGAUCUUCCGCCUUCGAGUAAACUAUCUGAUGCUUAUUUAAGACAAAGUCUAUUCACUGAAUUUCGACGAUGUGGUCGUAUCCAGUCAAUAGUAUUGCCUCCGACGAAUGGACCAACCAAUACAACUAGAUUGGCGAUUGUGACAUUUCGGCGGGCAGAAGAGGCAGAGUGUGCUUACCAAGCUAUUCAAGGAGGCGCUAAAAUUUUGUUUUCCACUCCAGUUUCUGUUGAGUUACAUCCAGGUUCGAAUGGCAAUGAUGAACUUCCUGUCAAACGUUCUUCAGCCUCAAAUGCACUCUUCAGUGGAAAUGCUAAACUAAACGAUAAUUUAUUACCAGUAAAUGCAUUGCCUACUACUACUACUACCACCACACAAUCUGUGCAAAACAAAACACUCAACUCUCAUUCAACGGAAGAUCAUACACCAAAUAAUAAUCAAACAACACUGAACAAAUCACCAACCAGAACACUUUAUGUUGCUGGUCUCACGGUUGGACCAACUGGACCUGUUACCUCUGAACAGUUGACUACCGCAUUCCGAAAGUUCGGUGAUAUCAUAAAUGUUCAACUGAAGUCCAGUUCUAACUCAGCUCUUAUUCAGUUUGCUGAAAUGCGUGGUCCGAUACGCGCAAUGAAUGCUCAUGCUCGUGAACCUCUUCGUUUAGGAGGUCGACCACUUUCACUAGCUUAUACACCAAGUACACCGACAACAUGCUUGUGGGUAUCAGAUCUACCACCUUCACUGGUCAGUUUAUCAGAUGAAGAGUUGCUGCAUACGUUAUCGCAGAUAGCUCCUGUUCAAGAGAUUGCUCUUAUUAAUCGUAAUGAUCAAAAUACGCGUGCUCAGUCUACUCCAUCGAUUUCUGCGUCAUCACCACAUUGUGCAGCCUAUAUUAAACUCAAUUCUACUGAACACGCAAUCCGUCUGUUGACUGAAUUACGAUCUGGUAAACAGUAUUCAUGUUCUCAACAAUCAUCAACAUCAUCAUCAAUAACAACAGCUGGUGUCAACAAAACAUCAACACGACGUCCUAUAGCAGUGGAUUUCGCUAGUCCUAGACAAUCAAGUAUUGUUGCCAAUUUACAGUUGAAUGUUUCAAGGUCAUCUUUGAAUUCACAUCGUGUUAGAAUUAUUUCCUCAUCAAAUGUGGAUCGAUGGGAGUCAUCGAAUAAGUCAAUCAAUAGUUUACAACCUCCUCCUAGUGCAUCUUCAGCAAUAACUACUCUAACAUCGAAAUCGAUUGAUUCUACAACACACAGUGUUACUCGUUCAUCAGUUAAUAUUGUUAAAACUUCAACUUAUCGAACAACAACUAUAUCUCAGACAUCAACACCUGUCACUAGUGGAUUAUCAUCUAGUCAUAAUCAACUUCAUCUCAACAAUUCAUUAUCAGAUGUUGUUACAGACUUAAAGAAGAAUAAUCAUAUAUUUGUUGAUAAACAAUCUGAUGUACCUACAAAAGGAAGUUCUAUACGAAGAUCAUCACGUUCUAAAUCAUCUAUUAAUCAGUCUAACAUUCUAUCAGAUCGUGUUUAUCAUGAAUUAUCGAAUAAUCGUUUAAAACGAUCACAUGACACAAGUCCUAGUAGUCUUAGUACAAGUAGUAGCAGUAGCAGUACAAGUACAAGCAGUGAUAGCUCUAGCAGCAGUAGUAGUAGUAGUAUCAGUAGUACAUCGAUAUCAUCUUCAGGCAGUUCAAUGAGUGCAUCAUCAGGAGCUACAUCACAUCGUCGUAAUAAAACUUCACCUACAAAAAGUAAUCAUAAAUUAAAAUCUAUUGAUUCAUAUGAUAAUAAGCAUUCAAUUAAGACUUCAGAGCAUACUUCAUCCUCACAAUGUAAUCCUAUAAAAAUAUAUAAAUCUUCAAAUAAUAAUAAUAAAGUUAAAGAAGGUGCAUGUUUGAAAAAGACAGAUUCAUUUCAUUCUUCAACUGUGCAUAGUUCAAGAUCUGGUGAUUCAAAUUCAUCAUGGCUAACAGAUGCACCUUCAGAUUCAUCUUUUAUUCAACAACCUCUGAGAGUGAUGACAAUGAACUCGUCUGUAUUAUCACCUAUUCGAAGUUCAGCUGCUAGUAGUGGUGGCCUUUCUAGUCCUGGAGGAUCUUCUUCUUCUAUUAUAGGAAAUAAUAGUCUUCGUAAAACACCAAAUACUGGUUUGGAAAAUGUGUCCAGUGGCUGUCAGUCUGAAUUCGUUGGUCCAUCACCUAACCAUCAUUCAUCUUUGAGAUUAUCAACUGCUACACAACCACUCACUCAUACACCCACCGCUUUAAUCAUGGGAGAGUUUAGAGUUAGUCCAACUUUAAGAGCCUGUUCUGUAAGUGCUAGUAGUGGAGUGAGUAGUGGAGGUCCAAGUUUCAGUAGUACAAAUAGUAGUGGAGGAGGAAGUACUGGUAGCAGCCCUUUAACCAGCAAUAACUCAGCAAUGAGUAAUUGUCAGUCUAUAGUGGUUUCAAAAUCGAACUGUGGUAGCCAGAUUAAGGUAACUUCAUCAUCUCCUUCCCUGAAACGCAAUAUUAUUCAUAUUGGACAGUCGAAUGGAGUUGACACCUCUCAUACUGGGAGUGCAAACAAAUCAAGAACUUUUAGUGAUUCUACGUCAAGCUUUAAAGUUCAUUUAUCUUCGAAUUCUGCUUUGGCUUCAUCCUCACCGGGUUCUCGUAGUCCAUCAUGUAUGUCGUCGACAACCACACCAUUGACAGUUUCAAUUAAACUUGCUGGUAUCACUAGACCAUCGCAACCUAGUAAUCUGGUCUCUCCAUGCAGUCUUUCAGAAAACAAUGAUGUUUUCACCGCAAACCAAGAUAAACAAAGUAAUGAUUCCUUACCGUUAACUCCAGUGUCAGCACCUCCUCUUGGUUGUAAAACGUCUCGGCAUGCAUCUACUGACCCUAGACGUCGUAGUAUCGGAGUUGAAGCACCAGUCGGUGGUGGGACAAAUAAUGAUAUGACGGAUUGGUGGAGCAAUGGAUCACCUGUGUACGAGUCAAUGUAUGACAAGAUUAAACGUCGAACAAACAAAGAGGCUGAAGAACGUCGCCAACGUCAACUUGAAGCUUUUACUUCUCGAGAAAAGAAGAAUAGGAAACAAAGGAAAAAAGAACAGUUGACUAAAUCUCCACCAUCCAAUAGCGUUCCAAUCUCUUCUCCAGAUUCAUUCAGCAAUGAACAGUGCGGAAAAAUCAAUGCGUUUUCAUCAAAUGGAAAAUCACAUCACUCUGUCAGUUCAAGAUGCAAAUUAGAGGUCAACAACCGUUCAUCAAACAAGAAGCAUACUAAUCGUCAGAAAAGUGAGAUAUCAUCUACACAUUCUUUUCUGGAUGAUGACAAUAAUCACUUGUCUCAGUGGCACUCAACUCAUACACAUACACGUUCUGAUAGAGUUUGUACUGAUGCAAGUGAGUCACAUUUAUAUUCACGAAGAAUGUCUAGAAAUAUGAAUUCAAGAACAAAACGUCGCCGUAGUGUUGUUAGUUCAUUAUCAUCUUCAUUAUCAAGUGAAGGUGAAUGCAACUCGAAUUCCCCUCCGGAGACUUUAACACGAUUAAGUUUAGGUAUGCGGUUUCCUGUUUCUGCUACUUAUCAUGAAUGUAUUAGACCAGAGAAAUCUACACCGAACAACCGUAAAUGGUCAAAUCUAAGUGAUGAUGAUGAUGAUGGUUUAAGCCAACUAAGUUCUUCAUUAUCUUGUUCUAGCACUGAAAGUAAACCAAAUCUAUCUAAUUCUACUAAACGAAAAUCUCAUUUUCCUGUUCAUAAAUUGGAUCAAUCAAAAAAUAUAAAUUAUUCCAGUUUUAAUUCUAGUCCAUUCAAUCGAAAUUGGGAUACAGAUAUUCGAUCAAGUGAAUUACGUAAAAAAUGUACAUCCGAAUGGAAAAAUUUUGAGAAAAAAUCAAAAUCUCACAAUAAACAAACAAGUAGAGCUUGUAAACGAUCUAAACCAUUUUUAACUCCAGAAGAUAGAUAUAAGUCUUCAGAGAAAACAUCAUAUAAUAAUGGUAUGCUUAAAAGACAACAUAAUAAUGAAAGUUUUUCAUCGAAAUCUACUUCUGAUUUACACCCUAAUAAACGUAAAAAAAUCAUAAAUAAUACAUCUUAUAAAAUUAAUAAUAAUAAUAAUGGGAAUGAUAUUUCGAAUAAAAAUUUUAAUUGUACACAUCGUAAUCGACGUAUAACAUCACCGAAACAUUCCACUUUUCGUAAUCAUCAUAUUCAUAGUCCUAAACCAUACUUCUCAGAUGAUGGCACAAUUUUAGACUCUGAAAUUGAUGAUGUGAAAGGCAGUUUUAUCAGUGGUUCAGAUUCAAUAUCUCAUACUACAGGUACAAGUGAACAUCAUAGUAUAAAAGAUACUUAUCUGCAUAAAAAUGAUAGACCAUUAUCAUCACCUUUACACAGUGAAACUGAUGAAUCUACCGCAUUUGGUGAUCUAGACUCACAUAUACACAGUCCAAAUUCUAGUCGUUGUCAUUCAGAUUGUACUAGGAAACAAAGAAAGUGUCUACGCAAUCCAUGUAUUAUGACUACUACUACUACUGCUACUACUCUUCAAUCUAGAGAUGACGGUGAUUCCGUAUUCGAUGCUCUUCUUGAUUCAGAUCGCUUUUCUGCUAAUUCAAAGUCUACAAUAUCUACAGAACCAAUGGAACAGUGUGAACUUGAUGAGGAUGAUGACGAAGAUGCAAAUAGCCCAUGUUUAAAGUUUACUACAGAUGGAGAAGAUGAUGAUGACGUUGGCGAUGGAUGGCAUUCUGGUAUACCAUCGAGUUCACCUCAUCCAGUCCAUUUGGAAUUUGAUGACGAUGAUGAUGAUGAAGAUUGUGGAUUAUCAGACAGUAAACCCAAACCAAAUACUGUGGUUACAUAUCAGUCUGAUUCACCUGUUGAGAAAUUAUCAAAUUCUAUACUCGAAUCGUCGGAUGAUGAAAAACCUAGAGAAAAAAUAAUGAUUCAGUCGACGAGUAUUGUGAAAAACCAACAUUGUCUGUCUUCCUCAUAUAAUGAUGACGAUGAUGAUAAGAAAGUGGAUAGCAGCUUUGAAGCAUCGCAUUAUGAUAAUGGUGAUAGCAGUUUAGUGCUACAUAGUUCACCUAAUCUAGUGAAUAAGUUAUCCCCUACCGAUGAUAAACAACAUUCAGAUCAGCAUAUAUUGACUGAACAAGAGUCAGAUAGACAGACAUUGAGUCCUGUGCUUGUUGAACAAUCUUCAACAACACCUACAAUCAUAAGUGAAUUGAAACUCGACAAACCUGAACAUUGUCCUUCCCCAUUGAAACCAGUUGUUGAUGAAGUGGCGGCUAAUACUAUUAUCCCACCGCCAAGUACUAACCAUGAAAAUGUUGCUGUAGUUACUGACCAUUCGAGUAUUGUUAAAGAGUCAGAUUUGUGUCAAUCUUCUACUGUAAUUACUGCUGUUAGUCAUUCAUCUGUCUGCACAUCCUUGAGCAAUUCAGUAAAAGUCAAAGGGUCUACUUCCAUUCAUUCAGAAUUAGAACUGGUUAAUAAUCAAUGUGCUACCGGAGAAGUAACCACAAAGUCAUCUCCAAAAAAUGAUACUAUCCAAUGUAUACCAUGUGUCUCUAACUCUCCCAUUCUUACACAGCUUACAUCAUCUACUUCAUCUGAUUCAGUUCCAGUUAGUACUACAUUAUCUGUGUUUUCAAAACCUCUUAAUUCACCGUUAACUGUUAGUAAUAAACCUGUAAAUGUUAGAGCUGUGGACAAAUCGAUUGAAAAUCCCAUUCAAUUAGAUCAUUCAGUAACCCGUCAAGCAUGUCUAGGUAAUGUCAAAUCAGUAACAUCUAUGUCAUCUUCAGUUUCGUUGAAUUCUCAACCUACUGAAGUACAUGAUAUUACUCGUUAUGUUCAAAGUGUUAUUGAACGUGUGAAAGCUGAACGUGUUGAAGAAAAUCAACAGGCAGCUGCUGCUGCAGCUCAUUGUCAUCACUCUAAUCAUCAUUCAACUUUACCUGCAACAUCAAUUCCCAUUUCAACUUAUCCAAGUGUAUCUGUAAAUCAAACAUUAAAAGUUUGUAGUGAGCAGAAUAUGUUGCCUGGGAUUGCUUCAUCUCACAACAAACGAUCGUAUAGUGGUCAACGUCGUUCAUUACUGGUCACUGCAAGUACUUGUUCUCCUGCUAAGAACAAUUCUUCAUCCAGAUGUACUAAACUGAUCAAUCCUAGUACACAUAAUCCAAAUAAUCCUAUUACAUGCAGUAUUGAUGAACCUACCACUCAUAUAAUCAAUUCGACUGCAUCAUGUACAAUUGCAUCAUCUCAUCCUAUAAUCUCUUCAGAUUUACAACUACCAUCCAUUCCUGGAGUUAAUGCAUGUACACCUUUGAAUUUGCCUGUUAGUCAACCCAACACUACUCAACGUGUCACCAGACAGUCUUGUAAUGCACUCGAUAAUUCACAAAUAUCUUCCAAGCGUUCUGAUACUUGUUCUAAUAAUUUAGAUACAAGUACAUCAUUACCUGUAGGUGUAACAAGUCGACGCCAGCGGCGAUCUGAAACAAAAACAGCUCCUAAUACUAAUACUACUUCUGUGUCUAAAGAUAAUCCAGUUUCUUUCAUUACAUCGACUACUUCAAUAUCAAUUGUUAGUCCAUCUUCAAUUUCCACUUGUUCAACUUCAUCAAAUUUAGUCAUUGGUAAAUCAACGGAAGUUAGUAUGUCCAAUCAUCCUGUGAUAUCGACAAGUUGUGUACAAGUAUCAUCACAAAGUGGAAUAUUAUCUUCAAGUGAUUGUAUACAGAAAGUUAAGAGAAGUAAUUUUUGUACAUCUGUUGAUCCAUAUGAACCUAAUUUUGAUGAAGAAUCACCAGUUGGUUUUAAUCCAGCUCAAUUACAUCCUCAUCGAUUAUCACCUUCACUAUGUCCAUCUCCAAAUUCUAUUCAUCAUCAUCAUCAUAAUCAGCCUCGUAAAACACCUACCACAACAAUUUCAAAUACAACAAAUUCGCAAUCUCUUCCUAUCACAUCGUUAGCUGUUAUUUCUUCCUCUUUAUCAGUUAACUCAUCAUCAUCAUCAUCAUCAGGGCUUAUAAUGCUGGAUUCUAAACCGAUUCGAAAUGUUGAAAUGGUUACAUGCACAACUGGUUCACAGUGUGAACGUGACACUCCUGUUGUAAAUAUGCCACCUACCUUUUGUGUUUCUUCAGGUCAGUUAGUUGAUACAGUGGAUGAGGUGAUUAGUGAUGUUUGUGCAGGUCAUUUUGAUGUCCAAAGCUACCUAAAAAAUUGGUGUUUUACUACCACCACUACUACUACUACUCCUACAACAGCUGUUACUAUAACAGGAACAACUUCUAAUAAUCUCAAUAUUGUUCAACAGUCUAAAGUAACUAUGAAUAAUAACGCAUUGCAAGAAUCGUUAACUGUACCUAACAGUAGUUUACUGAAUACUUCAACUUGUACUACAACUACGAUCACUACUACAGCCAAUUUACCAUUACAAUCAAACAAUGCAACAAUAGUAGCCAAUAUAUCAAAUACACCUUCAGGAAUACCAUUUUCUCUUCCUAUCACCAGUGAACCAAUUGUUGCUGCUGUUACAAUUCCAACUGGAAAGUCUAAUAAUUUGGGAAAGAAUGAUUCUAAUAAUACUGUGAAUAUUGGCACAGGAAGUGCAGUAUUGAAUACUCUUCUUGCUGCACUUCAACUUAUACCAGGAAGUCAGGUAACAGUCACAGGUCCAGCAGCAGCAGCUGGAGUUGUCGGUAAUCUAACAGCCAAUAACUCGCGUACAAUUUCUGCAGCUACUAUCACACUCCCUGUAAAUGCAGCUCAACAAGCUGCUGCCAACAUUAAGGCUGCUGUUUUAUCCGUCACAAAUGCCAAUAGUCAAGGAAAGGCAACCAACCUCAACUGGAAUCAACAAGAUUCCUCAACGCCUAGUAAGAAUCCCAAUGAAUUUGUUAAAGAAGUUAGCGCUACACGUCGAGUUUUUACUCCACCAAUCUCUAUACCUUCUACCAUCCCGCCUAAUACGCAUAGUCGUCUAACUACAUCAUUACAACAGUCGAAUACUACCCCAGUUGUUUCUACGACUUCAGUCCAGAUACCAUUCAUUGCUCAUGAUAAUAUCACUAGCGGUAGUAUAAACACUGUAACUCAUCAAUAUCCUAGGACAUUGCAGUCUGGUGGUACUACAAUGAAUGAAUCGGUAGUUUCAAAUACAACUUCUGCUCCUCCACUUUACCAGUUACAAAUGGCAAUGGAGUCCUCAUCUGCUAGAUCUCAUUUGAUAUCAGUUAAUGCAUGCGAACAACCGUUGAAUACUACACCUGUGUUUACUUCCGGUGGGAAAUAUUCUAAUGUGAAUUCGGCUCCAAGCCUACAUGCAUCACUAGUGUCGCAUUCACAACAAGUCAAUAUAUGCACAACAAAGCAAUCUUUCAUUCCACCUACAUCACCGACAGUGACCAAUGGUGCUCAUCCUCAAAUUAUGUCAAGACAUGUUUCGAAUGCACCACCUCCUUCAUCGUCACCAGUUAUCCAUGGUCGUAAUCCAUCAUCUAUUCCAUCUUUGACUAAUCCUGUCUUGCAAACUUUAAUCGAUCGAUUAGGGGGCAAUGUGGAGCCAUCUGUUGCAAUGGCUCUUUUUCAAGCAGCUCUCAACGGUCCUAGUCUACGGCGUAAUCCUAAUGAUAAUUCACCAGACACACAAGUUAAUCCUUAUCUGAGGCAUGUAGCUCAACAGCUUUUAGAUAAUCGGGGUUGUAAUGGCUCUACAAAACCGUCAAUCCCGAUUAGUCAUUCUGAAUCACAAAUUCAUUCAGCCAAUAUAUGCACUAAGAGCUUAUCUCCGUCACUAACAAUGCAGCAUACUCCUGCGAAUAACACCAGUUAUACUGCAAAUCCUCUUCGACCUACAGCUCCAGGACAUCCUUUUGUUUCCUCAGUACGGAUCAACCCUAUAGAUGUUGAAAUGAGUUCAGCUGAUCUUGGUAUAAACACAUUGAUAUCUCCACCAGUUGUUACAUCACGCUUUCCAGUUUCUGAUCCACAAACAGUUAAUAACAAUAAUAAUAGUAAUAAUACAAUUCCUGCUUCUAAUAUGCAAUCAUGGAAUAAUUUAGGAUCGUCUUAUCCGCUUGUGUGGCAAGGUCGUUUGUCUUUGAAGAAUAUGGAAACACGUGUUGCGCUUCAUUUUGUUCAAGGAAAUCACAACCUACUUAAUGCAUGUAUGACACUCUUAGCAUCUGGUGGCGGUGGUCAACCUCAAUUCUCUUUGAUCACAAGUGGUGGCCCAUUGCGAAUUGUUCAAAGAAUGCGUCUUGAACCUGCACAACUUGAAGGUGUUCAGCGUAAACUUAAUCAAGAAGGUGCUUCUUGUGCAUGCUUAGCCCUGCCUGCCGGUAGUAAUCCUGUUGAACUGGCGCAACAAACUCAGAUAUUGAACGAAAACUUUAUUCGUUAUAUGCAAGAGAAAUGGCAGCUGGUAUUAUUAAUGUUGGUCAUCCAGAUUAUCAACAGGGAUUGUACGUUGUCCAUAUAUUCCCACCAUGCGAGUUUUCCCAUACUCAACUUAGUUUAG